AUGCAGCAUUUCAAAACGCUGGCCGUGUUGCUGGUGGUAGUACUGCUGGCCGCUAGCAUCCGGGCGACACCACAGGCGGACGACACGGCGAAGGCGAAUCGGAACAGUCUGCUGCUCCGGCGUGGCAACGUUGGACGACCGCUUGGCCGUACGACACCGACCACCACCACCACGACCACCCCAUCGUCCGCCGACUAUGCCGAGGACGAGUACGCCGACAGCUACGACGAGGGCAAGGGCGAGGACGGCGAGGACGGUGCGGAGGAGGGCCCCGCGGGAGGAAAGCAGGCCACCACUACCACCACCACGACGGAGGCACCCAAAAAGAUCCGACCGAGCAUUCGCCCGUUCCGCAGCAACGAUGAUCUGCUGACCGCGCUGAAGAAGCGGCGCCAGGAGUCGAAGAACAGCAAACCCGCUGCCGUGGCACCAAAGGAGAAGGUGUACGAUGACGAGGACGUCCCAGCACCGGCCACCCCCGCCAAAAGCGCGAAAGCUCCCGCAAUCGUUCCGAGCAAACGGCGGUUCGGUAGUGGUGCGGCACGAAAGGACGACCACUCGGCGGACACAUCCAACAACGAUGGCCACGAGGGUAGUGAUGGUGCUAGCGGCAGCAAUAGCAAUGGAGCCAAGUCCCUGAUCGGACGCUUGGGCCGGUCGCGGUUCGCACUGAAGCAGUGA